GGGCAGGCCGCCCGAUGAGUGACGCGGCAAGUGGGUGUGUGAGACAGAUCCCCCGGAGAUGCUGUGAGCCCCGACCAUGGCUGCGACCAACGAGCUAAAGUUUCACGAAUUCGAUGAGGCUGCUGACUUAUUGGCUGUGACUCCUAACGCCGCCGCCACCACCAGCAUCAGCAGGCAGCCGAAACACGUAACUCUCACGGUGGGCACCAGCAGUGAGGAUGAUGAGGGCGAAGAGCCAGGAGAAGAGAGUGAUAAUAUCCAGUUGCUGCGGGGAGAGAAGGAACCGCCUAGCUUCUGGACAUUCGGCUACUACCAGAGUUUCUUUGAUGUCGACACCUACCAGGUUCUGGACAGGAUCAAGGGCUCACUGCUGCCCCUGCCCAGCAGGAACUUUGUGAAGUACUAUCUCCGGGAUCAUCCUGACCUGUAUGGGCCUUUCUGGAUCUGUGCCACCCUGGCCUUCCUGCUCGCCAUCACCAGCAACCUGGCGAUUGUGAUGCAGAAGAGGGAGGACCCCACCUUUCAUUACAGCCCUCAGUUCCACAAAGUGACCAUCGCAGGCAUCUUGAUCUACUGCUAUGCGUGGCUGGUCCCCCUGGGCCUCUGGUGUUUUCUGAAGUGGAGGAAGGGGGUCAGUGAAAGCGUCGACUCCUACACCUUCCUGGAGACUGUGUGCGUCUAUGGCUACUCCCUCUUUGUCUACAUUCCCACUGUGGUCCUGUGGAUGAUCCCCGUGGUGUGGCUGCAGUGGCUCCUGGUCGCCCUGGUCCUGGUUCCCUCAGGCUCCAUGCUCGUGUUCACUUUCUGGCCCCUUGUCCGCUCUGACACCAAGAUGGCAGCCACCGCACUACUGACAGGCAUGAUUGCCCUCCACGUCCUCCUGGCUAUUGCUUGUAAGUUAUAUUUUUUUCAGACCCUGCCCCACCUCAGCCCGGGGUCUCUCUCCUCGUCCACUCCAUCCCCGUUGCUGAAGACCUCUUUGCCUACCCCCUCAGGGACAUUACACCCUUAGAGGAGCAGAUUGGCUGGUUUCGAUUCAGCACUUCAGCAAUUAGCUGUCCAACACUCCUUUCUCUCUGAGGACCCGGUUUCUCUCUAAGGGGCAGUCCGGGCUGAGUUCCAAUUUUGGAGGGAGCCAGCCUGCCCGGCUCUCAUGACAGCUUUGGCCUCUGAUCCCCCCAGUUCUAGCACCCCUAAUCUGACUCUCCAUGCCAGGGGCAGGAGAGGGAGUGGGGUCUCGCGGGGCUGGACGGUGUCAACUUUCCCGGCUUCAAGAUUUUGGUCUGUGUCGAAUCAAAAUUUGACGUCUCAUAGGCGCGAGUGAUUUUGAGUGGUUUUAUAAAAUGGGAGUUUAUCCAA